CACACUCACUCUCACACACACACCCACACACACAACCAUACACUGAAACACUCACACGCUUUCACUCAACACGUUGCCUGGCCAGAAGUGUCUGUGCUCUUGGAUAAGACAGUGUCUAUGUCCGUUGCCAGUGUAUGGUGUGAUGAUGCGAGCUCAGCUGUCUGAGAAAAAACGGGGCUCUGAGCUGAACAAAAACAAAGGGGCGGGAGGAGUGAGAGGAGAGAGAGGAGAGAGAGGAGAGAGAGGAGAGAGAGGAGAGAGAGGAGUGAGAGGAGAGAGAGGAGAGAGAGGAGAGAGAGGAGUGAAGCCCACGUGCCUCAGAGCUGGAGCUGUAUCUGUAGCUAGCCGUCGUGUCUCACCCUGCUAAUGGAGGACUGAGGUGCCUGAAGACCAAGACUCUGCUGCAGACUCCCAAAACCUCCUCAAGUCCUCUCUGCCAAAUCUAGGAUCAUGUCGGGCGCCUAUGAUGAGUCGGCCAGCCAGGAGGAUGCCACAGACAGCUUCUGGGAGGUGGGGAACUAUAAGCGUGCUGUGAAGCGGAUUGAUGAUGGCCACCGGCUCUGCAAUGACCUGAUGAACUGUAUACAAGAGCGAGCCAAAAUCGAGAAGGCCUACAGCCAGCAGCUGACCGACUGGUCUAAAAGAUGGAGACAGCUGGUAGAUAAAGGGCCCCAGUACGGCAGUGUGGAGAGGGCCUGGGUGGCAAUGAUGACCGAGGCUGAGAAGGUGAGUGAGCUGCACCAGGAUGUGAAGAACGGCCUGCUCAAUGAUGACUUUGAGAAGGUGAAGAACUGGCAGAAGGACUCCUACCACAAGCAGAUGAUGGGAGGCUUCAAGGAAACAAAAGAGGCAGAGGAGGGCUUCAAGAAGGCCCAGAAACCAUGGGCCAAGAAGCUCAAGGAGCUUGAGACUGCCAAGAAGACGUACCACCUGGCGUGUAAGGAGGAGAAGGUGGCGUCCACCAGAGAGGCCAACAGCAAGGCAGACACCUCAGUCACAGUCGACCAGCAAAAGAAGCUCCUGGACAAGGUGGACAAAUGCAAGCAGGACUCUCAGAAGGCUAAGGAGAAGUAUGAGAAGGCUCUGGAUGAGCUGAGGAAGUGUACGCCCCAGUACAUGGAGAACAUGGAGACAGUGUUUGACACUUGUCAGCAGUUUGAGGAUAAGAGACUGAGCUUCCUCAGGGAGGUGCUGUUGGACAUCAAACGACACCUCAACCUCACCGAGAACCAAAGUUACUCCACAGUGUACAGAGACCUGGAGCGCACCAUCACCUCUGCCAGCGCACAGGACGACCUGAAGUGGUUCAGCAACAACCACGGCCCUGGCAUGCAUAUGAACUGGCCCCAGUUUGAGGAGUACAAUCCAGAGCUCACUCACAUGAUCACCAAACGAGAGAAGUCAAAGAAAGGGGCAGACGGUAUAAUGCUGACCAGCGUGACAGCAGCACCGGACCAUGUGGCUGCACCGGCUGGCGACAGGGGCAGUGUGAGCAGCUCUGAUAAGAACCAGGCCUACUCCUCCCAGGACCAGUCGGCAGAGUGGUCAGACGAUGAGCAGGCCGCGCCAAACUCCGGCUCAGACACCAAUGGGGGCGGGGCCAACCCCUUUGAGGAGGAGUCAGCGAAGGGCGUGCGGGUGAGGGCGCUAUACGACUAUGACGGACAGGAACAGGAUGAACUCACCUUUAAAGCAGGAGAAGAGCUAACUAAACUAGAAGACGAGGAUGAACAGGGCUGGUGUAAAGGCCUGUUGGACAGCGGCAAGUUGGGUUUAUAUCCUGCUAAUUACGUAGAGCCCAUCUAGCUGGACUUUCAUCCUGCUAAUUACGUAGAGCCCAUCUAGCUGGACUUUCAUCCUGCUAAUUACGUAGAGCCCAUCUAGCUGGGCUUUCAUCCUGCUAAUUACGUAGAGCCCAUCUAGCUGGGCUUUCAUCCUGCUAAUUACGUAGAGCCCAUCUAGCUGGGCUUUCAUCCUGCUAAUUAUGUAGAGCCCAUCUAGCUGGGCUUUCAUCCUGCUAAUUACGUAGAGCCCAUCUAGCUGGGCUUUCAUCCUGCUAAUUACGUAGAGCCCAUCUAGCUGGGCUUUCCUCCUGCUAAUUACGUAGAGCCCAUCUAGCUGGGCUUUCAUCCUGCUAAUUACGUAGAGCCCAUCUAGCUGGGCUUUCAUCCUGCUAAUUACGUAGAGCCCAUCUAGCUGGGCUUUCAUCCUGCUAAUUACGUAGAGCCCAUCUAGCUGGGCUUUCAUCCUGCUAAUUACGUAGAGCCCAUCUAGCUGGGCUUACAUCCUGCUAAUUACGUAGAGCCCAUCUAGCUGCUUGUGUAAGCGGAGGACACUGCCCCAUUGGUGGGUCACCCAGACUGAACAGUCCAAUCAUACUGCACAUUGCCAGAGACUUCAAAGCAACACUUCCCUGUUCCCCCUCUCUGCCUGACCAACCAACACACUGACUGAGCAGUCUUUAUUUAAACACUCCCCUAGGACUCACAUCAGAGAAACGCAGUACCAACAUAAACAACACAUAUCAGUCACAACUCUAGGAUUGUUACCACAGUCAAACCAUGGCAGUAUGUCUGUACCAACAACACCACAACACCAACAAGCGCAGGAAAACUAUUCUGCCGUGUUCUAUUUCAAUGUUGUGCAGUGGUUAUGAUGACAUUUACCUGGCAGUAUGGAAGUAUGUUCCCUCAUAACACUAGUGAUAUGAUAUAGUCCAUGGUGCCUGCAUAGCCAGAAUAAGCUAUGCACUGUGCAUUGUAAAUAUUUGCUGACAUUUUUUGUUUUUCUUUGCAAUCUGGAUGCUAUGCGAAACUGUACAGUCCUGUUUUUUGCAUCUGUCAUUCCAUGUAAGGUUUUAAAUAUGCUGUACAGUACUACAGAUUCUCACUCUUUUUCUAUAUUUUCUAUGUGAGUUGCUCCUGUGUUGAGUGCUAUGCAGUGUUUGGUGUUUUCCCCCUGAAGUCCCCCUGUGCAACAGCAGCAGCAUGUCCUACUGUAUCACACUAAUGACGUUUAGCUGCAAGAUCAUUGACAAAUCACUGUGGAGCAGAGCAGAGCAGUACUACACUGUUAAGCCUUGUUCAGUGUAACGGUAUACAAUAGUGUUUCUCAACCCUCAUUGUACCAGGGACUGGUAAGCUAUGGUUCUACUCCUUUGAUGACUGUUUAGUUGAAAACCUGCUCUCAAGAUCAGACGAAAUCGGUGUCAGUCAGAUAACCAUCUGAUGGACCUCUCAGCAAUGUCUCAGGGACCGGUGCCGGAUCAUGGAUCCGGGGCAUGAGAAACACUGGUAUAAAUGUAAAUGUAAAUGUAAUAUAUACUUUCCCCUAGGCAGCGCUGAGUGUACUUGUAGUACCUGUGACCAUGUUGCUCAUGUGCCUGUCAUUUCCUGUGUUAUUUCCUGACCCCACUGCUUUCUGGACUAAUCACUUUGUUGUCUUCUGUUUUGUGUUCACUUAGAAACAUGCCUUAUUGUUUUGAUUUUUUUUCAGUCUGAAAGUCUGACAAUUGUCUUUUUAGUUGUUGUGUUGUUGCAUGUAUUGGGUUUAGGUAGUGAAAGCAAGUGAACAACCUUUUUCUGGUUACAUGUUUACAACAGUGGGUUUUUCGAAGGGUCAGGGUUCAAACAUUCAUAUGUGGGUCUCCACAAAGGUUCAGCACAAAUACAACAUUGAUCCAACACCACCCUACUCAUCAACGGGUGAAACGGGAAUCGGUUUGUCAUCAGAAAUGGACUGUCGCUGACCAAAUUAAAGGAGCCAAAUACAUUUUGGAAUAUGAGCGAAUCCUGGGAAUUUGCUGUAUGGAUGAUCACAUUUACAGUAACAACCCAGCGAGAGCCACACUGCCCCAUGGGACAUACUAGAUCCUGUCACCUCUGGCUCAACAUCGUAACCAUAACAACUGUUUUUGUUGCCAUGGCUUCAGUUUAUUAUAGGACUUCUACAUCCUGUCUUUUUUAUGAAUGAAAAUUAUAAAGUCCCCUCUACUGUAUCCCAGCUCAGUCUCCACCUUGCUAUCCCUGAUCUAACAGUCAUUGCAUGCUCGAUCACCAUAAGCAUUGAAUACUACUGAAAGUGAGCUUACUGGACCAUUUGACCAAAUUGACCAAACUUUGUUUAUGUUUUUAUCCUGUCAGUUGAUUCCUAAACAUAAUCUUAUGAAAACUGAUGCCAAUGAUUUUGGACUCUUAACUGGUCAAAUUUAGACAAAUCAGUAUAUUCAUUGUUUUUUAACAUCUCCAAAUAAUCGGGAUAACUUGAAUCUAUACAACACACAAUCCUGUUAAAUCUCAAUCCUUGUCUUUUGAGCUAGUGAAUCAAACAGAGAAUCUUCAGCAGAGAUUAUACUUGUGUGGCUGUUAUAUGACACAGCUGUAGUGUUCGUUUCCUUAGCAACCCUGGGAGGUAGUGAAAGCUAUACCCUGACUGCUCUCUCUCAAAACAAGAGGGGUGUACUCUCACCGACAUGGGGACAAAAAGCUACAGUACAAAGUGUACUGCAAAAAAAGGUAGAAAGAGGAGCCUCCUCUGAAAUAUUGAUGAGGAAACUAUUUUCUGCUGCUAGAAAUUCAUUCUGGAGAUCUGGGAUAUAUGGCUGUCGGGAGACAUUUUGGGACUGCACACAUCCGAUUGUGGGAUAAAACACUUUAACCAUCAGCUCUCAAAAUGAGCUCUGAAACACAAGCCUAGCUAACUCCGUAAAUGCUUUACCUGAGCCACCACUCAUACUCCACAACAAACACUCUAACAGAGAGAGAAAGAGAGCAUGCAUAUUUAAAGAUGCAUUAACCUUUUAUUUUACCUCGUAUUGCGUACAGUAUGUAGGGGAACCAGUGGUGGUCUAGAAGUCUGUCUGUUUAGAAUAAUAGUUAUUUACUCUACAAACUGUAGUGCCUGUUCAUCUGCAUACAACAAAAUAAAAUGCUUCAUCAGAACAUUGAAA